AUGUCUGAAACCGACGAGGAAGAUCUAUUGUCCAUUCGUAGAAGUGUCCUUGAAGCAUUUAAAGAAGUAAGGUUUCGAAUCAAUCAUUACCCGGAAUUAUGGAGAAAAGUGACAUUCGAAAGUCACCAAGAGUUAUGUGAAGGGAUGGGAGAUGACUAUAUCAACUAUCCGGAAUUCGAGUUUUGGUUUUCGAGAUUUUUGAGAAGGGAUUUUGAUCUAGAUUAUGAUUUUAGUUCCCGCUCAUUCACCGACUUACCGUUAGAUAUUUUCGAAAAAAUCGCUGUAAACUUGGAGCUAGAUGACCGAAAUCCACUUCCAUUGGUCAUUCGGAUUCUGAAAACUCAAAAUCUUCAAUUGGAAAAAUUGAAAAUCGAGGAAACAGAUGAAUUCUGGAAUAAAUUUAUCAAGGAGCUGGAUGAAUCGAAUCUCAAAUUUCAUGUCAGAAGAUUCGAGACUCCGUUCACUCAUUACCGUACUCCGAGAGUAGAUUUACAUUAUUUGAUACCUGGAGUCCUAGAAUACAUCUCACUAUUCAUCAGAGAUCCAUCAUUCGAAGAAAUCCAUGAAAUCGUUGAAUCGGAACAGUGCAAGGCGGCGAAAAUGAUCACUUUUCAUAGCAAUGUCUAUCCAUCGGCAUUCCCGUUAGAGUGUCUCUUGAAUUGCCGUCGAUUCACACUUUAUUUGGGUGGUCCUCCGUGUAAAUCGAUCAAAGCAAAGUUUAUUGAUGAUCUCCUGGAAGCUGCUCAAGUAGAACUUUGCUAUUUUUCCAUAUUCAACGAUUGGCCGUUCGGAAAAUUAGCUCAUAUUGAGGAAUAUUUCAACGAACGAUAUGUAAUAAAUCCCAACGAUCCGAAUCAACUUCACCGUCAUCGGAUUCCAGGAUCCGAGGAAUUCUAUGAGAUGGAGCUGAACAGAGGAAUGAUUCGUAUUGAAAGAAGAAAACAAUAA